AUGAGGACAACUCGAGUUUAUCGGGAUAUACACAUACAUUCAUCAGGAAUUACCAUCCCAUCUCUUCUCGAUAUCACCUCCGUUCUCCAGCUAUCCAUCGAUAUACAUCAAGCAUGUAGUUCAAGCGAGCAAACCUCAACUCCACACCAACCAACCACAUCCAGAACCACAACCUCAUGACUAAUCCCGAAACACCAACAAAACCCCUCCUUCCCGCUCCCACUCUUUGCCAGAUCCUAAUCUCUCCAACAUUUGAAUCAAUCUCAUCUGCCUAACCACUUUCUUUUCCAAACCCGGAGUACCAACACCAACACCAGCACCAUCAUUACCAAAAUAAAACCCACGUUUCUUUCCCUCAUCCUCACAACAACCAGCAACAACCCUACACUAUCCCAAAUUGCCCUUUCCCUCCUCCGAACCCGAACAAAAAAUAGCCUCUCUCAUACACGAUAUUCUCUCUUUGACCCCAAAAAUACCACACCUUCCUUAUUCACUCAC